AUGAAUUUAAUUUAAAAAAGGGAGUAAUUAUAAAAUAUUUAAGAGGACUUUUCAUUAAAAUAGCUAAAAAUAUAUUAAAAUUCAAUAAGAUUCAAGUAAACAAUAAUGAUUAUUAAAUAAGGAAGAAUAUCAAAACAAAUAAACUAUUUAUUUAUUUAAAUAUAAAGUUGGUAGGAAUUUUUAAGGAUUCACAACUUUGAUAACCUAUUUCUUAAAUAUUCUUAAUUAUUAGCGAGAUCAUGUAAGCUCAGCGAAAACUCGACUCUUAUUGGAACUAAAAUAAGGAUUUUUAUUUUAAAAUUAAAAAUAAUUAAUUAGUCUGUAAAAAUUACAUUUAUUAAUUAAUUAAGAGAGACACAAAAAAAAAAAAUGCAAAUAAAUACAUUUCCAUAAAAUAAAUAAAUAGUGACUGGUAACAUUUGA